GUGUGAGUGGUAGGCAAUGUGAUAGAUUUUGACGGAAGUUAUUAUAAUUUUUGAAAAUGGAAUUUUGGGCGAGAAUUUUCGUACGGACUAUCGUUAUUUGUUUUUGUGUUAUUUUCACAAAUGGAAGGAGUGUACGACAAAAUAAUGAUAACACAAAUAAAGAUUUCGAUGAAAGAAACAAGUACCACUGGAGGCAACAGGCCCAAUGGACGUUGCGGUCAAAGCUCGCAUCGCCACUCAACACCAACGUAGCAAAGAACGUGAUAUUAUUCCUGGGUGAUGGCAUGAGUGUGACCACACUAGCUGCCACCAGGGCGUACCUCGGGCAAAAGUAUGGCCAUCUCGGCGAAGAGAUCAAGUUAAGCUUCGAGAUGUUCCCUUACACUGGGUUAUCUAAGACAUACUGCGUAGACCACAACGUAGCGGACUCCGCAUGCAGCGGCACAGCCUACCUGUCCGGCGUGAAGGCCAAUAGUGGGACUGUGGGCCUCAGCGCCGCCGUCAAGCGGGGGGACUGUGUUGGGCAGUUGUCUGGGAACCAUUCGGUGACUGGGCUUAUGGACUGGGCACAGAAGGCUGGGAAAAGUACAGGUACAUAUAGUCCCAAAAGUGGGACCGUGGGCCCCAGCGCUGCUGUCAAACGGGGCGACUGUGUUGGGCAGUUUUCUGGGAACCAUUCGGUGACUGGGCUCAUGGACUGGGCACAGAAGGCUGGGAAAAGUACAGGGGUUGUCACCACUACGCGUGUGACCCACGCUACCCCGGCAGCCUCUUACGCGCACUCAGCUGACCGGCGUUGGGAGGCCGACACAGACCUCCCGAGGUACGGCCCUCGCUGUGAAGAUAUAGCUACGCAGCUGGUGAGAGGGAAAGUCGGGAAGAAUAUUGAUGUGGUCCUAGGCGGCGGCCGGCAAAACUUCCUCCCCUACACCAAAAAGGACAUUGAAGGCCACGUUGGUUACAGAAAAGACGGCAACGACCUCAUCGCCGAAUGGCUCGACACGAAAAAUAAUCUCGGACACAACGCGAAAUACGUUUACACUAAAAAGGGGCUUCUCAAUAUCAACCCCAGUGUGGACAGUGUGCUUGGUCUGUUCUCGCCGAGCCAUAUGCCGUAUCAUUUGGAGGCUGGUGAGGAUGAUCCCAGCUUGGCGGAGAUGACACAGAAAGCGAUACAGAUACUGUCGAAGAAUAAUAAUGGAUUCUUCUUGUUUGUUGAAGGAGGCAGAAUAGACACCGCCCACCACGAGACCAAGGCCCAAAAAGCCUUAGACGAGACCGUGGAGCUGGCGAAGGCAGUAGAAGCAGCGCUCAGGAUGGUGAACAUUGAAGAAACGCUGGUGGUGGUCACGUCAGACCAUAGCCAUACUAUGACAUACAGUGGCUACAGCAAGCGAGGAUCUGACAUACUUGGUUUCAGUAAUAGGAUAAAUGCAUCAGACCACCAGCCAUUCACGACCCUAAGCUACGCUACGGGGCCAGGCCACAAGCAAGGCCACGACUCCCAAAGAUACGACCUCACGUCUGACGAUCUCAAAAAUCCAAACUACACCUACCCGGCCUUAGUCCCGAUGUCCCGAGAGACUCACGGAGGCGAAGACGUAGCGGUGUUCGCGCGCGGACCAUGGGCACACCUGUUCACGGGCAACUACGAGCAGAACUACCUGCCGCAUGCGCUCGCAUAUGCGGCCUGUAUGGGCGGCGGACUGCACGCCUGCCAUCAGUACAGUUACGCGUAGCCUGUAACUCAAGGAGACG